AUGGUUUACGGCAGAUUGAUUUACAACAAUGUAAAGGAUUACACUCCUCAAUGGUUUAAGACUAUUCCUUAUUAAUAAACAGUCAAACCAAGUUUUGUCAGAAAACCAUAAGUUGUAUCUAGAAUGAAUGCUGAUCCAAAAGUGAAGGCUUUCUGGAGAUUCUUGGGAAGAAAUGUGACUGAUAACCCUUGGGCUUGGUAAGUCUAUAUUUUUGCCAAUUCCUUUGUCAUCUUUGCAUUGUGCUAUUAUCCUUGGCUCUGGGUUUAUCAAUUCAACAACAAAAAGCGAACUAUUGAUUAUGCUCUAUAAUAAGAGAAGGAAUUCAAGGCAAAAUAGGCUGCUGCCGAAGAAUGAGUUAUUAUUACACAAAAUACAAAAACAUUAUAAGUAUUUUCUGA